CGUAAUAGUGUCCUAACGAGCUGCGAUUGGCUUUAAAAUCCUUUUCCUCAUGGCACUAGAAUACAUAAAAGAAACGAAAUUUUGAGUAUUUAGAAAGUACAGUUGUUCGACAGAUAUUAAGAUGAUGACUAUGUUUAUUGUUUGGUUUGCGGUACUAGGAGUCACUGGAGCUUACAAGUGUAUGGAUCCUCCAGAAAUGCAUUGGCCUGAUAAGGUCAGAAUAUGUGAUGGAGAAUUUGGAAGUAGUCCUGGAUGUAAUGAUGACUAUACAGUCCCGUAUAACCAUUAUCAUAUAGAAAACGCCCUUCAAGCUGACAGAGAUCUUCUAUCCUUCGUUGAGGAUUCUUGUAAAAUAUACUCUCCAGAACUUCCCCUUGAAUAUGAACAAUGUCCAAUUGAUGGUGGUGAUCUUGGAAAAACGCUAGGCAGAUGUGAGAAAGUUUGUGAUGGCAAUUAUGUUAAUGUAACAGCUGUGAAUGUGCAAAUGGUAGACGAAAAAACAAAAAGCUUUAGAUGGAGCAAAUGUUAUGUUAUACGUCCAUGGGAACAGAAAGUUUACUAUAUGAAGUGCAAAAGUGAUCGACCUACUUUUGAGAGCAGUUCAUUUAAGUGUGUUCCAGACAACUUUAUCAGACGUAGGGUUGCUGUUUUCUGUCCAGAAUUCAAAGAGCACCAAUGUCAAAAAGUGGACCUCGAAUUACCAACUAAUUGUGCUGCAAGCCGAUUUGAAUGUGUCCAACCGAAGAAAACAAAGCAACAAAGCGUAGACAGCUUUUUCGAUUCAUUGUUUUUGUAGUUCAGUCUUUUAAAGAACUAUCCGCACAGUGUGCUGCAGGUCGAUUCUAAUGGUGUCAUAAAAACCAUUCCGAACAGACGAAAAAGAUGAAAUGCCUUCAAUUGUGACCUCACAUAUUAGAAAGUUUUGUAUUUAAAUCCAUGCAGACUGUGAUAUUUUGUUGUUUUUUUUGUAAUAUUGUGCACAUCAUCAUCCAUUAUGCCAUGUUCUUGUAAUAGUGACUAAUGUAUAAAUAAAAUAUAAUAUUUUAUA